UUCCUUUCUUCACAGCUACAGCUCGUGACCUGCAAUCAAGACUGAUACUACGCAGACUACAUUUUACCACAGUAGGAGCAUUUAAAGAACACUUGCUCUGCAAAUCGGAAAGUAUGGAAGUCUGGUAUUCAUUGUGUGAUGAGAAUGACCACCCCAUUGCUUGGAUAUAUCCAUGUGUCUAUGACAAGAGCAAGUAUAUGAAUGCUUCUUUAACCUGGAUUCCAAGGUCAGAUUUACACCAUUUAUCAGUUAAACUUGAAGUUUGGCACCAGUUGAUGAAAAUCUCCGAGGAGAAAUUCGAACUGUGUACAGGGAUGGAUGAUGAAUAUUAUUUUUGCAGCAUCAUAAAGGGAGAGACAGUCAGUUUUUCUACUUACAGAAGCCUUUCCAAGAUGCCCUUUCCCAAGGGAAACUUUACUUUCAACAUCUGGGUAUAUGCUGGCGAACAAGAGAAACUGUCAUUUUGUGUCAACGUCACUCUUAUUGUCAAGGUGUAAUAACAGAAAAUUUUUGAAGAAUUACAGAACGUUCCAGGAGACUUUAAUGAUAGAAGCAUCAACAAACUUGAGAAUUCUUGAUUGGCGCAAUCGAAAGAUUUCCAUCCAAACAAGGAAUUAAAUGGAUCUUGCCUGGUUUGAGUGACCACAAUUUUUUUUUCCAAAAAAAAAAACACC